UUCAAUCCAAUCAUCCGCCCCCUCUUCACACAUCGCACAAUGGCUUCAGCUGCUGCCAAACGUCUCGCCGGCAAGACCAUCCUUGUCACUGGUGCCUCCUCCGGCAUCGGACGUUCCACUGCUCUCGAGUUUGCCCGAACUGCGCCCAAGAAUGACCUACGUCUCAUUCUCACUGCGCGCCGUGUUGACUCCCUCAAGGAGCUUGCCGAGAAGAUCAAGAGCGAAGUCGGUGAUGGCGUUCAGGUCCUUCCGUUCAAGCUUGAUGUUAGCAACCCUGCCGAAGUGAAGGGUAUCGUAAACAACUUGCCCGAAGAGUGGAGGAACAUCGAUGUUCUUGUUAACAAUGCAGGCCUUGUCAAGGGCGUGGCUCGGGCUCCAGAAAUCGCUGAGGAGGAUAUCAACAUCAUGUUCCAGACAAAUGUCACCGGUCUUAUCAACAUGACCCAGGCCAUCCUCCCUAUCUUCCUUGCCCGACCUGACGGCGGCCAUGGCGACAUCAUCAAUGUGGGUUCUAUCGCUGGUCGAGAACCCUACCCUGGCGGUGGUAUUUACUGCGCCACCAAGGCUGCUGUCCGCAGCUUCACUGAGAGCUUGCGAAAGGAGCUCAUUGCCAGCCGCGUUCGUGUCAUUGAGAUUGACCCCGGCCAAGUUGAGACUGAGUUCUCCGUGGUGCGAUUCUAUGGUGACAAGUCAAAGGCCGAUGCAGUCUAUGCUGGGUGCGAACCUCUUACACCCGAAGACAUUGCUGAGGUCGUCGUGUUUACGGCCACCCGUCGGGAGAACGUUGUUAUUGCUGAUACACUAGUUUUCCCCAGUCAUCAGGCUGGUGCCGGUUCCAUGCAUCGAAAGGGGGCAUAGAUUGUUGAGUAGAAGUCGAUAAACAAGCAUGUGUUACGUUACUUUUUGAGAUAUGUGCAGGUGAAAUAAUCUUGAAUUGAAUUGACCGCGAGUUGACGCGUAGCUACCAGCUAUAGGCAAUGACUAACAAUGGCACCUAAAGGAAUACAUUACGGAAUGUUCGGAAAUUUCUCUUGCCCAUAACUCAUCUGCCCCCGAAGAGACAGCAGACCAAUUGAUCCUGAGUCACAGGCCUUCUAAGACCGAAGAAUUUGAUAUACCAACGUUCCGUUAAGAACCCAUUCUGAGAUGAAUCGGGCUCCUGCCGUCAACAAGUGACAGCACCGCUGGGU